GAACCGGCCGGCUUUGACCCUUUCACCGCCACCGGAGAAGGUGCCAGAAGGACUUUUCCUCCUUCCUUCCUGCCCGGGUGGGAUCCUGGGGGGAUUGUGGUGGGCUCCUGCUCCUGAGCUGUCCUCACACCCUGGGGUGGGCGUAGAAGGAGAAGCUGCUGGAGUGGACACGGCUUCCCUGCCCCAUUCCUGCCCCGCCCUGUGCAGGGGGACGGAGGUUCGGAGGCAAAAAUCGCUGCGGCAGCUCCCGAAAGGCCGCCGGGCUCCCCUAAGGAAGCGGAGGGAGGAGAGGAGCUGCCAGAGGAGAGGGGCUAAUGCUGGCCAGGGCUGCGAGGGCAGGUCCCGGCGUGGGCUCCUGCCGCGGGGCUGGGCUGGCAGGGGUUAAUGGGUGGCUCUUCCUCUUCCUCAUCCUCUAUAUGAGGCUGCUCCCGGCUCUGGGCUCAGUUUGCCGCGGCAGCCAGAGGGGCAGGAGCUGCGUGAGACUGGAGCAUCCCAUCCCUGCAUCCCAUCCCUGCAUCCCAUCCCUGCACCCCUGCGUGGGCUCAGGGCUGAACGCAGGAGCCGAGCGAAGCUCCGGGAGCCUCCCCAGCCCCGCCGCUCCGAGGGGCGCGGGGGGAUCGGCAGCGCCGUUCCGGGGCCAUGGUGCCCUUGGGCAGCCCCGCUCUCGCCGUCUGCGCCUCCGGCAACCUGCGCCUCGUGGCCCCGGGCCGCGGCUCGCCGCUGGCCUGGCUGAACCGGAGCCCCGAGUGCCCGCAGGGCCCGGGGGGCAGCGGGGGCCGCCGGGCCAGCGCCGUGGAGCGCCUGGAGGCCGACAAGGCCAAGUACGUCAAGUCGCAGCAGGUGAUCAGCCGGCGGCAGGAGCCGGCGCUGCGGGGCUCGCCCCGGUUGUCUCCGCACGGCCGGCGGCUGCUGGCCCGGCAACCGUGCGGGGAGCUGUGCCCGGCGGCGGAGCUCGGCCGGGACGGGCCCCGCAAGCUGCCGUGCCCCCAGUCCCCCGUGGCGCGCCGCAGCGGCAGCAGGCGCCUGCUCCGACCGGACUCGCUCAUCAUCUACCGCCAGAAACGGGACUGCCUGGCCGGGGACAAGGAGAACACCAAAGGCUCCGGGCUGGUGCGGCGCCUCUUCCAGGGACCCCUCAGACCGCCCGGCUCGCCCCCAGCCAGCCCGCCGGGCGAGGGAGCCCCCCGGAGCCCCGAGACCCCCAUGCUGUGGGCGCCUGCCGACAAGGAGGAGGCGCGGACACCGGGAGGGGCCAGCGGCGGUGACAGCGGUGGCAUCUUCCCCUCGGUGCCCACGGAGCAGCCCCCCGGUGCCCCCGGGAAGGAGCCGCUGGCUCUGCGCGUGUCGCUGCCGCUCUCGGAGCAGGAGCGGUUCUUCAACUACUGCGGGCUGGACCGGGCGCUGGUGGAGCUGCUGGGCCGGGAGCGCUUCGGGCCGGCGGGCUGGGACACCGGCUCGGCACGGCCCGGCUCCUGCGAGUCCGAGCCCGGGCGGGCCUCGGGGGGCAGCCGGGGGGACGCGGGGCCGGGCGAGGAGGAGCCGGAGCCCCGGCCGGGCUCCGCCGUCUCGGUGGUGGAGCGCAACGCCCGCGUCAUCAAGUGGCUCUACGGCUGCCAGAGAGCCUGGGCGGCCGCCAAGGAGUCCACGGUGUGAGCGGGCCCGGUCCGGUCCGGUCCGCACCGGGACACCCGCGGGAUGUGGCCCACGGGCUGGUGGCACCCGCGGCUCGGGUGGCACCCACCCGGGGAUGCUGCGGGCUGGGAGAGCCAGCAGGUCCACAGGCUGAGUGUGGUGGGGGCACCUGAGGGGCAGGUGAGGAAGGGCCACCCCCGGUGAGUCCCCAUGGCCUCAGGGCUGGCAGGCUGCUGUCCCCCUGCUGUCCCCCAUCUUCUCCCUGUCCCCAGGAGGGUGGGAUGGCCCCACAGCCCCGCUGACCACCCAAAUCCUGCUCCAGCUGCUGGCUGGGGGUGGGCAGAGCCCGAGCCCCCUGCCAGGGGCAAUGCCCACCCUACAGCCCCCUCCUCCCCAGAACAAGAGCUGCUGCGGCCAGAGCUGCCCUCAAUAAAUCUGUUCGGGUUAUUUUCCUA